AUGGACGCGGCUCUGUUCCACAGCCUGCUGGAGGCCAAUUGCAGCCUGGCUCUGGCCGAAGAGCUGCCCUGGGACGGCUGGGGGUCGCCCCUGGACCUGGACGGUCCUCGCUCCUACUGCAACGCGACCCUGGACCAAAUCGGGACGUGCUGGCCUCAGAGCGCGGCUGGAGUCCUGGUGGAGAGGCCGUGUCCGGAGUAUUUCAACGGCAUCAAGUACAACACGACCCGGAAUGCCUACCGAGACUGCUUGGAGAAUGGAACUUGGGCCUCCAGGAUCAACUACUCACUGUGUGAACCCAUUCUGGAUGACAAGCAUAGGAAGUAUGACCUUCACUACCGCAUUGCCCUUGUUGUCAACUACCUGGGCCACUGUGUUUCCAUGGCGACCCUGGUGGCCGCCUUCCUGCUCCUCCUGGCUCUGCGGAGCAUCCGCUGCCUACGGAAUGUGAUCCACUGGAACCUCAUCAGCACCUUCAUCCUGAGGAAUGCCAUGUGGUUCGUGCUGCAGCUCAUCGACCAUGAAGUACACGAGAGCAAUGAGAUCUGGUGCCGCUGCGUCACUGCUGCCUUCAACUACUUCGUGGUCACUAACUUCUUCUGGAUGCUGGUGGAGGGCUGCUACCUGCAUACAGCCAUCGUCAUGACCUACUCCACUGAGCGUCUGCGCAAGCGGCUCUUUCUCAUCAUUGGAUGGUGCAUCCCCUGCCCCAUCAUCAUUGCCUGGGCCAUCGGAAAACUCUACUAUGAGAAUGAGCAGUGCUGGUUUGGCAAAGAGCCUGGAGACCUCGUGGACUACAUCUACCAAGGCCCCAUCAUCCUCGUGCUCCUGAUCAAUUUCGUAUUUCUGUUCAACAUCGUCAGGAUCCUAAUGACAAAACUGCGAGCAUCUACCACAUCGGAGACAAUCCAGUACAGGAAAGCAGUGAAGGCCACGCUGGUGCUUCUGCCCCUGCUGGGUAUCACCUACAUGCUGUUCUUCAUUAACCCCGGAGAAGACGACCUGUCACAGAUUGUGUUCAUCUAUUUCAAUUCCUUCCUGCAGUCCUUCCAGGGUUUCUUUGUAUCUGUCUUCUAUUGCUUCUUCAAUGGAGAGGUGCGCUCAGCUGUGAAGAAGAGGUGGUACCGCUGGCAAGACCAUCACUCCCUCCGAGCACCUGUGGCCCGGGCCAUGUCCAUCCCCACAUCACCCACUAGGCUCAGCUUCCACAGCAUUAAGCAGACGGCCGCUGUAUGA